AUCAGCUGGGCCUUCAUCCCCAUUUGGUUUCAACAAUAACCUCUGUCUUGAACAUAUCAAGCUUAACCAGCAUUCAGAAGCAGACAAUUCCUGUGCUCUUGCAAGGCAGAGAUGCGCUGGUGAGGUCCCAAACGGGUUCAGGUAAAACACUUGCCUAUGUUAUUCCUCUGGUGCAGUCUUUACAAAGAUUGGAGCCAAAGAUACAGUGAUGGGCCAUAUGCUCUUGUUCUGGUUCCAACUCGAGAACUCGCUUUACAGAGUUUUGAAACUGUCCAGAAGCUGUUGAAGCCAUUUACCUGGAUCGUGCCUGGCGUCUUGAUGGGAGGAGAAAAGAAGAAGUCGGAAAAAGCCAGGUUGCGCAAAGGAAUCAACCUUCUGAUUGCUACUCCGGGGCGUCUGGUGGACCAUAUCAAUUCCACGCAGUGUGUUCACUUCCGCCGUGUCAGGUGGCUGGUUCUGGAUGAGGCUGACAGGAUCCUGGAUUUGGGAUUUGAGAAGGCUUUGACUGUGAUCCUGAAUGCCGUGAACGCCGACAGUGCAAAGCAGCAGAGAGUUCUUCUGUCAGCUACCCUUACAGAAGGAGUCUCAAGAUUAGCCAACAUCAGCUUGCAGAGUCCAGUCUGCAUUUCUGUUGUGGGAGAAUCCCGGGACUUGGACACAACUGAGGUAAAGGCAGUCACAGGGGAAGUCAUGGAUGAUCAUGCCAUGGGAGAGGAAAGAGACAGUUUUGCUGUGCCAGGAAAACUUCAGCAGAACGUGGUGGUUGUCCCAAGCAAGCUGAGACUGGUGACACUGGCAGCUUUUAUCCUUGCGAAAUUCAAGUUUGAAAAGGGCAAUAAGAUGGUUGUCUUCUUCUCAAGCUGUGAGCAGGUGGACUUUCACCAUGCCCUCUUUCAGAAGGUCUUGGCUGAGGACCUGGUGGCAGGAGGACAUGAGAAGUUGCAGCUUCCUCUUUCAGCUUUGGUGUUUGCGCGCUUGCACGGUGACAUGAAACAGGAGGAAAGGACAGCUGUCUUCCAGGACUUCUUGCAAUCAAAAACUGGCAUUUUACUCUGCACUGAUGUUGCUGCUCGUGGGCUGGACCUGCCACAGGUGACCUGGAUUGUGCAGUAUAAUCCUCCAGCUUUGCUUGCCGAAUAUGUCCACCGAAUUGGGAGGACGGCUCGGAUUGGCAGUCAUGGGAACAGCCUGCUCAUCCUUACUCCUUCAGAGGCAGAAUAUGUCAGCUUCCUGGCUUCUCACAAGAUUAAUGUUUCAGAGAUGAAGAUGGAAACUGUCCUGUCCAGUCUGAUGAGAGAUGAUUGUUUCAAAGGCAGCCAGUUGGGAAAUAAGAAGUUCCAUGGUGCAGACCCACAGGAAGUGCGCCGUAGAGCCACUGUGCUGCAGACUGAGUUUGAGAACUACGUCCACUCCUCAGCAGAGACCAUCCGGUGUGCUAAGAGAGCCUUGCAGUCUUUCAUCCGGUCAUAUGCCACUUACCCGGCCAACCUCAAGCAUAUCUUCCACAUCCGGUCACUCCAUCUGGGUCAUGUGGCAAAGAGCUUUGGGCUCCGGGAUGCCCCCAGGAAUCUCAGUGCUUCUGCAGUUCCAGAUCGGGGGAAGAAGCGCAAAAGGCGUGAACUUCUCAAGAAACCUCGGGCCAGGGGCCAGCUGGCUGAAAUGCUGCGAUCUGAAUAUUCAAGUGGUUUGGACUCUGUCUCCUCAAAGAUCAAGAGGAAGAAAAGGAUGAGAGGAGAACCAGAUUCCCAAAACUGACCCAAGACGUCAUCCAUCCUGUGAAAGGCAUCUUGGUUACAAGGCAGCUGCUAGGGACCGUACGUUCUCGGUGGAAUGCAGCAGGGGACAAGCUUCAAAAAACUACCUGCUUUGAGACUGCCAGCCCCAGAAUCAACCUAUCCACUUGUUUGGCAGCUGAAUUGGGUAUUGUGGAAGCUAUAGGCACCCCCCAAAGUAACCUUUUUAAUUUCUGGCUUGCAGAUGGUUUCAUCAGUGUAGAAAGGAGUUUCAAACAGAAUUCAAACCUCAACCAAGCAGAAGAGGAACAGAAUGUAUUUGGGUAUUUGCCCCUUUAAAGCGCUCUUUUAAAGGGCUUGAUGGGUGCCAUGUUUCUCUCUGCUAAUUUGGCAUCCCCGACUACAAAGUUUGUUGGUCUACAGCUCCUGUGAUUGAACCUGUCAGCAUGGUCAUGUGCUAGGGUUGCGGGGCAUGUGGGCGCUCCGCCCCGAGGCAACCCUAGCAUGUGAUGGCGUCGCUGAGGGCCUAUAAAAUCAUUAAAAUACACUCAUAAGGAUUACAUAUACACUUUCAAAAUCAUGAUUUAAAACUGACUGGGUAAGCGUGCUACAAGAGAUAUGUCAUUAAAACAUUAAAAUCUGAUUUUUCAUACUGGCAAGAAGUGCUUGGCCUUUGAGUUUGAUUCCUGUGUUCCAUUGCCUUCUUCUGUACAUCCCUAAUGUGACCAGAUUCCUGCAAGGUCCAGGAGGCCAGAGACCAAGGAUACAAAAUAACUGUCAGAACUUCCAAAAGUGAGGUAGCUGUGUUACUUAUAACUGGUAACAACCAAUUGUUUGCAAGUGCACUGAGUGGGUCUUUUCAGAGCCUCCUGGGGGGCUUUGUAGCCCCCCAACCAAUGUGGGGUGCCUUGCUCCAGUUCAGGGCAUGGCAGAACAGGCUUGGCAGGCUCCCCUCUGGGGAGUCAAGGGUCUCCUGGCUAGCCCUCUCUAGCCCACAUUUUAGUCAACUCUAAAUCAUUGCAGUUAAGGAGUAGUGGUUUGAGUGUUGGACUAGUACUCUGGAGACCAAGGGUUCAAUUCCCAGCUUGGCCAUGAAACCCACUGGUUUACCUUGGGCAAGUCACAUGCUCUCGGCCUCAGGGGAAAGCAAUGGCAAACCUCUGAACAAACCUUGCCAAGAAACCCCCAUGAUAGGGUCGCCAUAAGUUGGAAGGCACACAACAACUCACUGCCACUAGAUGUAGUAAUGACUACCAACUUAGAUGGCUUUAAACUGGGGAACUGGGCAAAUGCAUGAAGGAGGAUGGGACCCAUUGAUAGUUACUGAUUAGGAUGGAUGGUUCCUAGGAGAACCAGAGUUGGAGGGGGCUUGGGUGCUCUUGUCCUGCUUAUGGGCAUCUUGGGAGGCAGCUGCCCAGCCACUUUGGGGAGUCUAGACUUUGGUCUUCCUCACAGUGGCUCUUUGUGUGUCCUUAAUUUUUCAAUGCAUUUAGGAAAUGAGUUGUAGAACUACUGGUCCAGGCGAUUUUCCAUUAGCCUCAGAACUCUCUUGCACAAAACUUAAUCACUCGUCACUUUACACUCACUUAGACCUUAUUCCCUUGGUGUUUGUAUAGGAUUGCAGCCUCACAAAAAGUGUAUAGGAUUGCAGGCUCACAAAUGUAUUGGUUUUGCACUUUCCUGAUCAUGCUUUCCUUUAGGCUGGAAGACUUCAGGCUGGCGGGACCUUUCCGUUUCAUUUUUAUUCCAAAAUUAUUUCCAGUUUCCGUUUUUGCAAGGCCGGUUCCCUCCAUCUCCUUCCCAGAAGCAUCUCUGUAAGGAAAAAUUUCAAUCUUUGCUCUUUUUUCCCCUCCCUCAACAUGUUCAAAAGGUUUGUCGUUCAUUAACGUGCGAGAUGGCAUCGGCUGAGAGGAACAAGAACAAUUAAAUAUCACAAAAUGUC